UAAGAGUAUGGCUCCCCGCAAGAUGGGGGAGCUCUGAAGUUUUGUUCACGUAGAACAGUAGAACCCGUAGGACGGUAGAACAGGCACACAGUAGGCCCUGACCUCUUAUUAAACGAAUAAAAGCGGCAGAGCAGGCGGUCAGUUUCGUUCCAGAGGCCACACCUUAUCGGGCGGUAAUUGAGCUCUCCCCGAAUGUCAAUUCUUAAAACUAGAGUGAGGCACACUGUGCCUUCUGGUGGCAAGGAAAACUUGGGGGUUUUCCUCAACUUCGCUCCAUCAUGGAGGUUGCUAAUUGCAUCGCCUGUGUGGUCAUUGCCUUUCCAGCGUCAGGGUUCAUAACUGAGCCCACGGCUCAGCAGCUUCAGACACCAGCUGAUCUGCCAUGGGCUUCCUUAGUUAGACUACAGAAGACCCAGUCUGAGGCCUCAGAAGGAGUAAACGAUAUUGUGAAAAAUGAAAAAAUGCAAGUAAAUAAAAGAGGAAAGGUGAUAUUACCACUGGAAGAUCUCCAUCCUUUGUCAGGGCAGAGCCAGAUGGCCGUGUCCCAGCCAAUCACUGGGCUAAGGAGGAGUGUGCUGUUGCAGGGAACGUUGACCUUCAGGGACGUGACUGUGGACUUCACCCUGGAGGAGUGGCAGCAGCUGGACGCCACUCAGAGGAACCUCUGCAGGGAUGUCAUGCUGGAGAACUCCAGCCACCUGGUCUCCGUGGGAUUCCUCGUGGCCCAACCAGGUAGGAUCGUCAGGUUGGGACAAGGAGAAGAGGAGGCCGAGAUGGCAGCUGGAGAAAGCCCAACACGGAGGUGUCCAGGGGGCUCGAGUUCGAUCCCUGGUCGGAGAACUAAGACCCUGCAAGCCAGGUGGUACGGUGAAAAAAAAAGAAAGAAAAAAAAAAGGCAAGAUUCAAAGAGAGGAGUCUGAGGGCAAAUGCUUCAUUAAAAAAUGAGGGUCCCUUGCUGAGUUCCCAAACCUGAGCCAAAUUUUAGAUCUGGAACCAAUUGUCUAGAGAGGUGCCCAUGUCCCUCAUAGGAAGAACCCUACAACAUUGUAGCAAACAUAAAAACUACCUUAGUCCCUUCCCAAAGGAACCUAAGGCCAUUUAUCUGGGUGACUCUAGUCACUGGGGAAAAGGGAAUAUUUUUAGGACUAUUGGACACAGCUUUCUGAGUUGACAUUAAUACCCAGACAUGCAAAGCAUCACCAUGGCCCUCCUGGUAAGAGUGGGGGCUUACUGGGUACAGGUGUUACCCUGAGUCCUGGCUUAAACCUGAUUCACAGUGGCCCACUGCACAUGCAGACCCACCCAGUGGUGAUUUCCUCAGUUUCCUAGUGUAUAAUUGGAAUUCAUAUACUUAGCAGUUGGAUCAUUUACUACCUUUCUCCUCACCUGUAAAGUUUGUUAGCUGAUAAUUUAUGUAACAGUAUUCAGUGGUUAUAGAGUAAAGAACUAUGGAGAUAACUUAUUUUUAUCCAAAAAAAUCACAUACAGAUAUUACAAUCACAGGAUACCCAUUUUUAAGAUGCAAAACAUAUACUCAAAACCAUACACUCAGACAACCACAUGGAAAAGGAAUAGGGAAUAUAUAGACAUAUGUGAAAAUGGGGUCAUUUUAAGAAGAGAAUGGUGUCACAUAUUAAAGACAAAGCUGAAUGGGAAAAUGGAUUGGAAGACAGAAUCAAGUAUACACAAGAUCAUUUUAUUGGUAGUUUCUGCAGACAACAUUUAAAAAAUUAAAAAAUCAAUAAUCCUACCACCCAAGUGAUAAUCUGGAUAAUCUGCUUAAUAAUUUGUUGUAUUUCCUUCUGAACUUUUUUCUGUCUACCUAUACACACACACCUAAAACAGAUACAAAUAUAAAACAAAUAUAUUUGUAUACAUAUAUAUGUGCAAAUAAUUUUACUCAGCAUAAAACUGCUACUUUUAUGCCAUCCAGAAUCACUGAUAUAAUGGUGCAUUAUCCAUCAUUGAUCUAUUUUUUAAUAAUGUAAAUUAUGUGGUACAUUGUUUUAUGUUUUUUCACUUAGCCAAUUAUCAUGAACAUUUCCCCAAAUCCUCAAACAUGAGAAAAUUUUUAAUUAGUGCAUACUAUUCUAUCUUAUUGAUAUAUCAGUUUUUAAUCAAUUGACUAUUGGAUAUUCAAUUUAUUUUUUUU